AUGUUGCAAACAACGGUGAGUGACAGUUGCCGGUACCGCGAAACGGAUUUGCCGUUGCCGUUGCCGUUGCCGUUGCCGGCGCCGUUGGCGAUAGCUGCGGCGCCGUUGGUUUAG